UAUGUCCGAAAGAGUAAGAAGUGGACGCUUCGUUCGCUUACAAGAUCUAGUCAAAGCUGUUCGGAAGAGUUGUUUGAGUGAAACUCAAGAGUUAUGUAAGGCUGGAGUUAGUGUGAAUUGUACUGCUGGCGGCGUUACGCCAUUACAUGUGGCAGCAGCCCACAAUCAUGUUGAAUGUGCAGAAUUUCUUCUCCAAUAUGGCGCCUCUGUGAAUCAGACUAUCUUCAAUAGUACAACACCUCUACACGUAGCUUCACGCUUYAACARCCUAGCGUGUGUUGUGUUAUUUAUUAACCAUGGCGCUGAUGUCAAAKCAAUCACAAAAGACGGAAUGUCAGCGCUCCAUUUGGCAGCCAGGAAUGGCCACUCCAAAACAGCUGAAAUUUUAAUAUGCAAAGGAGCUGAUGUGAAUGAAAUYGUGAAGCAACAAUCUCUAUCUCGUUCUCAGGGGGAGAAGCUCUCMCCWUUGCACUUCUCAGCUCGUCAUAAUCACCCAGAAUGCAUUGAAGUUCUUGUUCAAAAUGGAGCUGAUUUGAACAGCCAAUCAGGANGAAGGGUUCUGUUUGAUGUACAUGGUCAUAAAAAAUCUCUUGAUGAUAUAGUUGGAAAACUACCUUUACCAGAGUCGAUCAAGCUUAAAGUGUGCCUUAAGGACACUGUGAAGAUGGUCAAUGUAUAG